GUUGUUGCUACAUGUGGAUGUGAAAUGAGUAGAGCGCGACUUUGAUUGCUACGCAUUUUAUCUGCUCCUUCUGACCAUGGAUUGCCAAGAAAAUGAGUACUGGGACCAAUGGGGACGGUGUGUUACCUGCCAACAGUGUGGUCCUGGACAGGAGCUCUCCAAGGAUUGUGGUUAUGGAGAGGGUGGAGAUGCACACUGCACAGCCUGCCCCCCUCGCAGGUACAAAAGCAGCUGGGGCCACCACAGAUGUCAGACUUGCAUCACCUGUGCUGUCAUCAAUCGUGUUCAGAAGGCCAACUGCACAGCUACCUCUAAUGCUGUCUGUGGGGACUGUCUGCCCAGGUUCUACCGAAAGACACGCAUCGGAGGCCUGCAGGACCAAGAGUGCAUACCAUGCACAAAGCAGACCCCCACAUCUGAAGUUCAGUGUGCCUUCCAGUUGAGCUUAGUGAAGGCAGAUGUACCCACAGUGCCCCCUCAGGAGGCCACACUUGUUGCACUGGUGAGCAGUCUGCUAGUGGUGUUUACCCUGGCCUUCCUGGGGCUCCUCUUCCUCUACUGCAAGCAGUUCUUCAGCAGACAUUGCCAGCGUGGAGGUUCGCUGAAGUUUGAGGCUGAUGAGGCAGCAGAGAAGGAAUCUCUCUUCCCCAUGCCACCUGGCCAGGAGACCAGCCCCAAGUCCACAGUGAGUGAGAGCACGUUUGAGACCCAGCCACUUAACCCCAUCCUGGAGGACGACUGCAGCUCGACUCGUGGCUUCCCCACACAGGAGUCCUUUACCAUGGCUUCCUGCGCCUCAGAGAGCCGCUCCCACUGGGUCCACAACCCCAUUGAAUGCACAGAGCUGGACCUGCAAAAGUUUUCCAGCUCUGCCUCCUAUAUGGGAGCUGAGACGUUGGGGGAAAACACAGCUGAAAGCUCUGGAGACAAGCUGGAGCUCAAUGUGCCCUUUGAAGUUCCCCGCCCUUAA